AUAUAUACCCACUCAGAAAAAAAAAAAAAAAAAACAAUCAUCAUCAUGAAACACCCUCUGAACCCAGCACUCCAGAAAAGCAAUUCAAUUUCACUUCCUCAUCAUCAUCAAAACAUUGAUUCCCUUAAAUUUACCUCUCUUAUUAACACCAUCACCUUCCCAAUCUAUUCCCAAACACACACCACCCAAAAACCAUGAAACUUUCUUUUCUUUUCUUUCUCACAUUCUUCUUCUUCUUUCUCCAAAUUUCACAGCUAGUCUCUGCUUCUACCGUGCCUUUCCAACUCAUUGCACUUCUCUCCCUCAAAUCUUCCCUCAGAGAUCCCCUCUCUACCUUCCAUGAUUGGGACCCAACGCCGAGUUCUUCCAAGGCUGAUUUUCAAGACCCAGUUUGGUGUACAUGGUCAGGUGUCAAAUGCCACCCAAAAACGUCUCAGAUCACCAACCUCGACCUCUCACGGAGGAAUCUUUCCGGCACGAUUCCGGCCGAAAUCCGGUACCUGUCGAAUCUGGUUUACCUGAACUUGAGUGGGAAUACUUUUGAUGGAGCUCUCCAAUCCGCCAUUUUUGAACUUUCUGAGCUCAGGGUUCUUGACAUUAGCAGAAACAACUUCAACUCAACUUUCCCACCUGGGGUUUCCAAGCUCAAGUUCUUGAGGGUCUUCAAUGCUUACAGCAACAGCUUCACCGGCCCUUUGCCUGAGGAAAUCAACCGCCUUCGGUUACUCGAGCAACUUAACCUCGGAGGAAGCUACUUCGGAGGUAAAAUUCCGGCGAGUUAUGGAAGUUUUCCGAGAUUGAAGAUUCUUUACUUGGCCGGAAACUUGCUCGAAGGACCAAUACCUUCCCAGCUAGGCUUCUUGUCGGAGCUCGAGCGCAUGGAGAUCGGCUACAACGACUUGACCGGUGGGUUUCCGACGGACCUGGCAUUGUUAAGGAAUCUGAAAUACUUGGACGUUUCUCAAGCCAAUAUCUCCGGGACUCUAGCGCCGGAUAUAGGAAAUUUGACUAAGCUUGAGACUCUGUUGCUUUUCAAGAACCGACUUUCCGGGAAAAUCCCAGAAAGUCUCGGAAAAUCGGAAGCUCUGAAGGUUCUGGAUUUGUCAGAUAAUCAGUUUUCUGGGUCUAUACCGACGGAGUUUUCGAUGCUGAAAGAGCUAACGGUGUUGAGCUUAAUGACCAACAAUCUAGACGGUGAAAUUCCCGAAGGAAUAGGAGAGCUCCCGAACCUCGAUUCGUUGCUUUUAUGGAACAAUUCCUUAACCGGAAUUCUUCCCCAGAAGCUGGGAUUCAGCGCGAAGCUGACGAAGGUCGAUGUUUCAUCGAACUCUCUCACGGGUCCAAUUCCACCGAAUAUUUGUCAAGGAAACAAGCUGUUCAAGCUCAUUCUCUUCUCCAACAGGUUGGUUGACCAAAUCCCAAGGUCUUUGGCAAAUUGCACUUCACUAUCAAGGGUCAGAAUCCAAAACAACAAUCUCACCGGUUCGAUUCCUUUGGGUUUCGUUUCUUUACCCAACCUAACCUUCGCCGACCUGAGCAACAACAAUUUGACAGGUUCGAUUCCCGAAGAUCUCGGCAAUGCCGAGAAGUUGCAGUACUUGAACAUUUCUCAGAACAGUUUCGACACCGUUCUGCCUGAUAACAUCUGGAAAGCUACGAAUUUGCAGAUCUUUUCGGCCAGUUCUUGCGGACUCAAAGGUAAAAUACCGGAUUUCAUCGGUUGCAAAAGUGUGUACAAGAUCGAGCUUCAAGGUAACAGUUUCAAUGGUAGUAUUCCAUGGGACAUUGGGCAUUGCGAGAUGCUUCUCUGCUUGAAUCUCAGCCGGAAUUCGCUCACCGGCAUUAUUCCAUGGGAGAUUUCCACUCUUCCUUCCAUCACCGACGUCGAUCUUUCACACAACUUUCUCACCGGAACUAUUCCGUCCAACUUCGAGAACUGUAGCACCCUAGAAACCUUCAACGUUUCGUUCAACUUGCUUACCGGUCCGGUACCGGCGUCCGGAACGAUCUUUCCCAAUCUACACCCUUCGUCGUUUUCAGGCAAUGAGGGUUUAUGCGGCCGCGUUUUGGCUAAACCAUGCGCUGCGGAUACUCUCGGCGCCGGAGCCGUCGAGGUCCACCAGCAGCAGCCUAAGAAAACGGCGGGAGCCAUCGUUUGGAUCAUGGCAGCGGCUUUCGGGAUCGGUCUUUUCGUUCUCGUCGCCGGGACUCGAUGUUUCCACGCGAACUAUAGCCGUCGAUAUAGCGAGGAUCAACAGCAAAUCGGACCGUGGAAAUUAACCGCUUUCCAAAGGUUAAAUUUCACGGCGGAUGAUGUGUUGGAAUGCUUGUCGAUGAGCGAUAAGAUCAUCGGGAUGGGUGGGACGGGUACUGUGUACAGAGCUGAGAUGCCAGGUGGCGAGAUCAUAGCGGUUAAAAAGCUGUGGGGUAAACAGAAGGAGAAUAUCAGACGGAGGAGAGGAGUGUUGGCUGAGGUGGAGGUUUUAGGAAACGUGAGGCACAGAAACAUAGUGAGAUUGUUAGGGUGCUGCAGCAACAGGGAAUGUACCAUGCUCCUCUACGAGUACAUGCCCAAUGGGAAUUUAGAUGACUUAUUGCAUGGCAAAAACAAGGGUAAUAAUUUGGUGGCCGAUUGGGUUACAAGAUACAAAAUUGCACUUGGUGUGGCACAAGGGAUUUGUUAUCUUCACCAUGACUGUGACCCAGUCAUCGUGCACCGUGAUCUGAAACCUAGUAAUAUUUUAUUGGACGGUGAGAUGGAAGCCAGAGUGGCAGAUUUUGGUGUGGCCAAGUUGAUCCAGAGCGACGAGUCCAUGUCUGUGAUUGCUGGGUCCUAUGGUUACAUUGCACCAGAAUAUGCAUAUACCCUACAAGUUGACGAGAAGAGUGAUAUUUACAGCUUUGGGGUGGUAUUGAUGGAGAUUUUGAGUGGAAAAAGAUCGGUGGACUCGGAGUUUGGUGAUGGGAAUAGCAUUGUGGAUUGGGUGAGGUCGAAGAUAAAAAACAAAGAUGGGAUAAAGGAUAUUUUGGAUAAGAAUGCUGGUGCUUCUUGUUCGCCUGUGAGGGAAGAAAUGAUGCAAAUGCUGAGAAUUGCAUUGCUCUGCACCAGUCGAAACCCCGCCGACCGGCCGUCCAUGAGAGAUGUGGUUUUGAUGCUUCAAGAAGCCAAGCCUAAGAGGAAGUUGCCGGAAAGUCAUGUAAUAGUUAUUGGUGGUGGUGGUGGUUGUGGUGGAGAUAAUGGGGUUUGUGGAGGUGGUGGUGGUGGUGGUGGAGGUGAUAUUGCUUUGACACAGAAACCAGCACCUGAAUGUUAAUAUAUGAUUAAAUUAAUUUUAAAAAGGGGUUUUCUCCUUUUCUUUUCUUUUUUCCUUUUCUUGGUUUUUUUUUUUUUUUUUUUUGGGGGGGUUAUUUUUCAAAAUGGUGGGGGAUUGGUAUAGGAGAAGUGAUUUCUUAUUUUUAUCUUUAAAUGGUAUUUUCCAAGUGUUAUUGGUCAACUUUAAUUUUGUUUUAUAUUAUAAUUACAAUUAACUACUUAAGCUUUGUUGA